AUAGAAUAUGAGAGCGCUCACCUACCUUCUCUAACGUUCCAUUCUAAUCUGUUUUUCUCCGCCCACCUCACUUACUCUUCUUUCUCUCUCGCUGGCAAUUCUGGUCGACGAAAUCCCUUUUGGCUUUAUAUAUUCACAGUCAACAAUGGCGGGUUGAUUUAAAAUUAUCCUCUUUCGCCGGCUUCACUAUAUUCCUACCUGCUACUUAGUUGCAGCAAUGUCGGGGAAGAUUGUCCAAAAUGUUUUUGUAGCACAGAAUAGGCUGUUCGGGACCCAAUACCGAAGGGACUGUUGUGCCCCUUAUACCCACAACUCGCUUCCCUUCUGUGGAGGGAAGUUGGCAUGGACUAGCUUAUCCUCCAUGCAAAUGCAUACCUUAGCAAAAUACCAGAGGGGUUUUGUUAACCGAGGAACUGUAUACUGCAAUGCUGCUUCAUCUACAACUGCAGUGCCAUAUCUCGACAAAGUUGAUUUCCUGAAGCUUCAAAAUGGCAGUGAUAUUAGAGGGGUGGCUGUUUCUGGUGUUGAGGGUGAACCUAUUACCCUUACCGAACCAGUUACCGAGGCAAUAGCAGCUGGCUUUGCAGCAUGGUUAUUGGAAAAGAAAAAGGCCGAUGUGCAUCGGCCUUUGAGAGUUUCUAUUGGUCAUGAUUCCCGGAUAUCUGCACAAAUGCUACAGGAUGCUGUUUCUCAAGGUAUUGCUGGUGCAGGCCUGGUUGUUAUUCAGUAUGGAUUGGCAUCCACCCCAGCAAUGUUUAAUAGCACACUCACUGUAGAUGAAGCAUUUUUAUGUCCAGUUGAUGGGGCUAUAAUGAUAACAGCUAGUCAUCUUCCUUACAAUCGGAAUGGUUUCAAAUUCUUCACCAAUGAUGGAGGGCUUGGGAAGGCUGACAUUAAAGACAUUUUGGAACGUGCUGCAGAUAUAUAUAAUAACUUUACAAAUGAAAGUUUAAUGAAGUCAAAAAGACAGGCUUGUGAAUCAGUAAAGAAAGUUGAUUACAUGACAGUGUACACAUCUGAUCUUGUGAAGGCAGUCCGUAAAGCUGCAGGAAAUAUAGAGAAGCCAUUGGAGGGGUUCCAUAUAAUUGUUGAUGCAGGAAAUGGAGCAGGAGGAUUUUUUUCUGCAAAAGUUCUUCAGCCUUUAGGGGCUAUCACUAAUGGCAGUCAGUUCUUGGAACCAGAUGGUUUGUUUCCUAAUCAUAUUCCCAACCCGGAGGACAAGGUAGCAAUGAAAGCUAUCACCCAAGCAGUCCUUCAAAACAAGGCUGAUCUGGGGAUCAUAUUUGAUACUGAUGUUGACAGAUCUGCUGCUGUGGAUUCUACUGGUCGUGAGUUCAACCGGAAUCGUCUUAUUGCUUUAAUGUCUGCAAUAGUUCUGGAGGAACAUCCAGGAACAACUAUUGUUACAGACAGUGUGACUUCAGAUGGCCUGACUACAUUUAUUGAAAAGAAACUUGGGGGAAAGCACCAUCGGUUCAAGAGAGGCUAUAAAAAUGUCAUUGACGAAGCUAUUCGUUUGAACUCGAUUGGUGAGGAGUCACAUCUAGCUAUUGAAACAAGCGGGCAUGGAGCUCUCAAGGAAAAUCACUGGCUAGAUGAUGGUGCUUACCUAAUGGUCAAACUUUUGAAUAAACUGGCUUCAGCCAGAGCAUCAGGAGUUGGUGGUGGCAGCAAAGUGUUGACCAAUCUGGUAGAGGGUCUACAGGAACCAGCAGUUGCUGUAGAAUUGAGACUUAAAAUCAUUCAGAAUCAUCCAGAUCUUAAAGGAGGAUCUUUCCGGGAAUAUGGAGAGGCUGUGCUAAAACACUUGGAGAACUCCGUGGAUUUAGACCCAAAGCUUCAGAAAGCUCCUGUCAACUAUGAAGGGGUUCGAGCUUCUGGUUAUGGUGGGUGGUUCCUUCUUAGACUCUCGCUUCAUGAUCCUGUUCUUCCCCUUAACAUUGAGGCACCUAGCAAUGAUGAUGCUGUGAAACUUGGACUUUCUGUUGCUUCUGCUGUGAAGGAGUUUGCUGCUCUGGAUACAUCUGCCUUGGACAAAUUUAUCCAACCAUGAUAAGUGCAAGCCCGUUCGUUUUCAGCACGUCUGCUGCAGUUGGUAACUUGAGAAAGUUCGUCUUGUCAGCUCUUGGUUUGCCUCUGGUGAUACAAUACACAAUGUGAAUGUUCCAGGUUUAAAAUUACAUAGAUAGGAAUAAUACAGAGAAGAAGAAUGUCGUAAUCACGAGAUCAAUGUCAUCUUAAUCCAUAAUAAAACAUUGCAUUUUUGGUUCA